AUGCGUCACAUUGCUGCGUACCUCCUCCUCCAGAUUGGCGGCAAGGCCUCCCCCUCCGCCGCGGACAUCAAGAAGGUCCUCAGCGCUGUCGGCAUUGAGGCGGACGAGGACCGCCUCUCGAGCCUGAUCGCUGAGCUUAACGGCAAGGACGUCAACACUCUCAUUGCCGAGGGCUCUUCCAAGCUCGCCUCCGUUCCCUCUGGCGGUGCGGUCGCUGCCUCCGGCGGAGCCCCCACCUCUGGCGGUGCUGCGGCCCCCGAGGCCAAGGAGGAGGAGAAGAAGGAGGAAGAGAAGGAGGAGUCCGACGACGACAUGGGUUUCGGUCUGUUCGACUAA